AUGUCAUCACCGCGACCUUUUGAGGGCAAGCUAGCCAUUGUCACAGGCGCCUCGCGAAGUUUCGGCGCUGCCGUCGCCACGCACUUGGCCGCUCGCGGUGCCAACGUCGUGAUCAACUACGCAACAGCCGCGUCGGACUCCAAGGCUUCCGAGCUAGCCGCCCAUCUCUCCAAGACGUACAACAUCAAGGCACUCCCUGUCCGCGCCGAUCUACUCGACGCAUGCGCACCUCAAGCCAUCGUCGACGCAGCAAAGGCGUACUUCACCAACCCAGCGGCCAAGACGCCUUUCCAAAUCGACAUCAUCAUCAACAAUGCCGCAGUAGUAAAUGCACAGCCCAUCCAGGAGCUCGACAUAGAGCUCUGGGAUCAAACAUUCAACUUGAACUGCAAAGCCCCUGCCCUCCUCAUCAAAGCUGCUUUUCCUUACCUCCCCCACGACCGCUCUGGUAGAAUCGUCAACAUCUCGUCUGCAACUACGACAUGGGCUUUGAUCCAGCAGACGUCAUAUGCAGGCACCAAAGGCGCCCUAGAAGCCAUGACGCGUGUGUGGGCGCGUGAACUUGCUGAACGGGCAACAGUCAAUAGUGUGAGUCCCGGGCCCAUGGAUACGGGCCUUUUGCACGGUCUGCCAAAGGAGGCGAGUGAGGCUUUGAAAAUGUAUCAGGCGUUAAUCCCACUGGCGAGGGAGCGUCCCGGCGUGGACGACGAAAGUACUGUCAAGUUGGCGGCGGAGAUUGGUGGACGGCCGGGCACACUGGAGGAGGUGGCGAAUAUUGUGGGCAUUGCUUGUUUGCCGGAGAGCGGGUGGAUGACAGGAAACCAGCUGAGUGCUAGUGGUGGUGGUGCGUUUGUGCGGUGA